AUGGCAGCCAUGGCCAAGGCCCUGGCAGAUUCACGCAUUCUUCACCUCAUCUUACGUCACCUCUCCGACAUGAAAUACAAGGAUUGCCGACAACGCGGAUCUGACCAGCCAGUCGAAUUCCUCGAAUUCCGCCCUACCCUCGUGCCCUCGAUUCUCGUCAACAAGCUGUGGGCUGACGAGGGCACGUCCAUUCUCUGGAAGCGCUAUCCCCACCUCCUGGCCUUGGACGACAUGGCACCCACUCGACGCCAAUGGUAUGCAGACAAAGUAGAACGCCUGUUCGUCCUAGGCCCACCCGACGACGAAACAAACUUUGACUACUUGCACGACUUGAACUGGCCAAACCUCAAGACGCUAGAGUUGGAAGUGGACUGGUGUAAACAUGAAAAAGCAAUUAGCUCCAUGCUUCACGCAGGGCUCCAUCAUUUGGAAUUCCUGGGUCCACAGAGCAGUGGCUCGGAAUAUAUUGCUCGCAGCAUCCUACCGGCGUUGUUCAAACCAAAUCUGGUCAGCAUACACAUUGGCCAAGAUGUAGUCGAUCUCGCGGACCCACUACACCAUCAGGUGCUACUGGAUUUACUUGCUUCUACGCCAAGCAUCUCAGACGUUCGCAUAAUGAACGCCGGUUUCUCAGGAAAGGACAUCAUCUUCAAAACCCUCAGUCAACGACUUGGUCUUGAAGCACUACAAAUCGAUCUCGAUCCCGGCUUGCAGUUACUACCUUACUUCUCAGGCCCGGAUGCUCUUCCUUCCCCAUUCCUCUCUCUGCGGCGUUUGCACAUCAUGUGCUACCCAGAAAUCGCUCUUGCCUUACUACCUCAGCUGCAACUCAUCGAAGAGUUGCAAUUGGACAUUGCACGCAUUCCUGAUCAAGUGCAACAAGAGGACGACGCGGACAUUUUAAGCCGUAUCAUCGUAGUGCUGGCACAAUGUAAACAACUCCAAUCAUUAAAAAUCAACAUUGGUCAGCUUGCGGUUGACUUUCCCUCGGCUACAUCAUGCCCAGCACUCUCUGGGGUCGCACUAAUAAAGCUCGCCGCGGGCUGUCCAAAAUUGGAAGACAUCAGUUUAUCCACCGCAGGCCCAGGGGGUAUCAAUGGAUCAGCCAUCUCCAGUCUUCAAUUUGAAACAUUCUGCAGAGGCCUACCGGGACUUGUGAAUCUUGAGUUGAAGUUUCAUCCACAAACGGCGAUUGACCUGGAGUUCACCGCACUCGGAAGCCUAGGGAAGAACUGUCAGCUGCUUGAAACUUUGCGACUGAGAAUCUCUUGCCACCUGCCAGAUCUGCAAAUAGCCAAGGAUGUUUCACCACUGCAGCCUACUGACGAGGUCUCUCGGAACUCGAUGGACAAGAGGGUUGAGCUCAGGACCCCCUCUGUGACCGUCGACCUUCAUGAAAGCGAAUGUUUGCUUGACAUGGAAAGUCUUACUUUGUCCCAUACAAGUAACACGCCUCUUUUUCAGAACCUCAGGCAACUUGCUUUCGCACGACCUCAGUCCAUUCUGUCAAUCGCGAGUGAUACAUACAUAUCAUCAUCCAGUUCUCAGAUAGGUUCCGUAGUGGAUCCCCUCGUAGAGCAGAGCCUCGUUCAAUCCUGGGCACAUCCACUUGCAGCUCAGUUCCCUCGUCUAGAAAUCCUCGAAGCCUGGGGAGAUUGGACAGGCCAAGACAACGAAACGCUCAACUACUUCUUACCACGUGAGGCACUACUAGCAACCAUUUGGGAGUUCCUGAGCGGCGUGGAGCAGGAUCUCUGGGACGAGGAAGACGCAGACGAAGACAUUGACGAAGUCGGCAGUGGCUCGGAUUGGAUCGACGCGCAUACAGACCGCUAUAGCAUCAACAGCUACACCAGCUUAGAUUGGGAUUUGGCCAGCCUUGUCAACGAGUUCCGGACACAGGAAGAUUUCAGUGGUCGCGCUUCUCUGGAUGCUUACGACGAAGAACCGGAGGACAUGCUUACCCCCGGACCAAUCCCGGAUAAAGAUGAGGAACCGUAUUUUCGGCACCCUGAUGCCAAGAACAUUACUGCAUCUGGAGCAGGACCGGUCGACCUUGCUCCAGGCGCUGUUGCUUGCUCAGUGUAG